AUGGUUGGCGAAGUUCCUGGACCUGGAUUCUCUGCAUUUGGCAGAAGUGGAUUCUCCUCUUUUGGCGAGGUUCCUAGACCUGAAUACUCUUUGUUUGGCGAGGUUGGUGAGGUUCUUAGACCUGAAUUCUCUUCAUUUGGCAUGGUUGACGAGGUUUCCAAAUGUGAAUUAUCUCCAGCUGGCAAGGUACCUCGACCUGGAUUCUCUCCAUCUGGCAGAAUUCAAUUUUCUUUGUUUGGUGAGGUUGGUGAGGUUCCUAGACCUGAACUCUCUUUGUUUAGCGAGGUUGGUGAGGUUCCUAGACCUGAAUUCUCUUUGUUUGGCGAGGUUCUUACAACUGAAUUCUCUCAAUUUGGGGAGGUUGGCGAGGUACCUAGACCUGAAUUCUCUCUAUUUGGUGAAGUGGGCGACAUUCAUAGACCCGAGUUCUCUCCAUUUGGCGAGGUUGGCGAGGUUCCUAGACCUAAAUUUUCUUUAUUUGACUUACCUAAAUUCUCUCCAUUUGGUGAGGUUGGUGAGGAUCCUACACCUGAUAUCUCUUUAUUUGAUAGGCAUGAAUUCUCUGAACUCUCUUCUUUUGGCGAGGUUGGCGAUGUUCCUGAACCUAAAUUCUCUUCAUUUGACGAACCUGAAUUCUCCCCAUUUGAUGACGUUGCUAGACCUGAAUUCUCCCCAUUUGGCGAGGUUUGUGAGGUUCCCAGACCUAAAUUCUCUCCAAUUGACGAGGUUUGCGAGAUUCCCGGACCCGAAUUCUCUUCAUUUGCCGAGGUUAAUGUCCUAGAAUUCUCUCCAUUUGCUAGGAUGAUACGAACUCUAAACAGGAACUUACAGGUUAGAGUAAUUAUGUAA